AUGGCCGAAGUGGAGAAAGAUGGCACGACCAUGUCCAAGGGGAAUUCUGCUUUUUUCUCGCCUACCAAUGAAUUUGGCUAUGACGACCAGGUUGUGUCCGGAGAGCCCCGCGGCUCGACGCAACUGAAGCGCAAGUUGAAGAGCAGGCACUUGCAUAUGAUUGCAAUUGGUGGAACCAUCGGAACUGGUCUUUUCAUCGGGAGUGGAACUGCUUUGGCACAUUCCGGGCCAGUCGGCGCGCUCAUCGCAUACAUCUUCAUCGCUACUAUCGUUUUUUCCGUGAUGACCUCGCUGGGCGAAAUCGCCACUUACAUACCAAUUUCCGGAGCAUUCACAUCAUAUGCAACACGUUUAGUUGAUCCAAGUCUUGGAUUUGCCAUGGGCUGGCUUUAUUGGUUUUCAUGGGCCAUAACAUUCGCUCUGGAGCUGGUCACAGUUGGUUUGAUUAUCGAAUACUGGAACAGCUCGAUUCCAAUCUCUAUCUUUAUAGCCGUUUUCUGGGUGUUAAUAACCUUGCUGAACAUGCUACCGGUUAACUUUUAUGGCGAGGUUGAGUUUUGGUUCUCGAGUAUUAAGGUUUUUACAGUGAUUGGAUUUAUGAUCUUCGCCAUUUGCAUUGAUGCUGGUGCUGGUGAUCAAGGCUACCUUGGAUUUCAUAACUGGGUUCACCCCGGGCCUUUUGCCGAUUACCUCAUAACACCUGGACCAACAGCUAAGUUUGUUGGCUUUUGGGCGGUCCUCAUUCAAGCCGGAUUCUCGUGUCAGGAACGGAACUUGUCGGCUAUCAAAAUCACGUUUAUUCGUAUCAUUUUGUUUUUCGUUCUGACAGUUUUCUUUAUUGGUCUUCUUGUGCCCUAUGAUAAUAAGGAUCUGCUGUCGGGUGCAUCUAACGCAGCAGCAUCACCAUUUGUCAUCGCUGCGCAAUUGGCAGGCGUUAAGGUUUUGCCCAGUAUCAUAAACGCUGUUCUUUUGACCGUCGUUUUAUCUGCAGCCAAUUCAAAUGUCUACAGCGGCAGCAGAAUUCUUGUUGGCCUGGCACAAGAAGGGUUUGCCUUCUCCUUUUUCACGAAGACUACUAAAGGCGGCGUACCAUUCUAUGGGGUCUUACUCACCUCAGCCAUUGGCCUUCUUGGCUUUUUGAACGUUUCUAAUUCAGGAACAACGGUCUUCAAUUGGCUUUUGAAUAUCUCAGCAGUUGCCGGGUUCAUAGCCUGGGCCACUCUGAAUAUGUGCCACAUAGCGUUCAUGCGAGCUUUGAAGGCCCGCAAGAUCAGCAGAGAUGUCCUUCCUUACAAGGCACCUUUACAACCCUAUCUUGCCUGGUAUGGACUUUUUGUCAACAUUUUGAUCAUAUUCACACAGGGAUUCACAGCCUGGAUUCCGUCAUUCAGCGUGGAAAACUUUUUCGUGGCAUAUAUCAGUGUGAUCUUGUUUGCAGUACUGUGGAUUGGCCAUAAGCUUAUAUUCCGUGAUGCUUUUGUUUCCCCCCUUCAAGCAGAUCUUGAUACUGGGCGCUUGGAGGUUGAGAACCAGCAUUGGGAGGUCACAAUGCCGACCACUUGGUAUGGAAAGCUUUGGAAUAUCCUAGCUGGAUAA